GUCGCCUGGAUUUUUAAGACAAAUCCCAAGGAAGGAACUGCAGCCUCCUGAGUGUGUGUGUGAGAGUGAGGAGGAGAUGACACACAGGAUGAGCAAGCCCCUGGCCAGAUCUGCCUAAAGCUGUGAUAAGGAGGCACAGGAGAGGCAAAUGAGCUGAGACACUGGGACUUUUUCCUCCUUGCAACAAGGAAGGAACUUGUACGGAGUGGAUCCAGAUUGGUGAAGGAUUCUACAAGAUCAGAAGAGAGGCCUCUUCCACAUUCUCCUUCUUGAGCAGACAUGGAGUCCAGCAACGAUACUGACAGCUACCCAGGCAUUCUGGAGUGUGACUACGAGGACUGGAGUUCCUCCAGGAUCCUGAUUCCCUCCAUCUACUUGCUGGUUUUCUUCCUAGGCACCACCGGCAAUGGCCUGGUACUAUGGACCAUUUUCCGCGGAGGCCAGGAGAAACGGCGGUCUGCAGACACGUUCAUUGCCAACCUGGCAGUGGCCGACCUCACCUUUGUGGUCACCUUGCCGCUUUGGGCUACCUACGUCAUCCUGGACUACGACUGGCCCUUUGGCUCGUUUGCCUGCAAGCUCAGCAGCUACCUGGUCUUUGUCAACAUGUAUGCCAGUGUCUUCUGCCUCACAGGGCUCAGCUUUGACCGCUACCUGGCCAUCGUCCGCCCCAUCGCAAAUGCCAAGCUGAGGUCCAAGGUGAGUGGGCUUUUGGUGACCCUGACCCUCUGGGCCAUGGCAGUCCUCCUAGCCUUGCCAGCCAUGAUCUUCCGGAGCACGACCGUCUUCACCGGGACAGACAAAGUGACGUGCUACAUGAAUUUCUCCAGUGUGGCCACCGAUGAGACCGAGCAGGUCUGGGAAGCAGGUCUGGGCUUGUCUUCUACUCUUCUGGGCUUUGUGCUUCCCUUUGCCAUCAUGCUGACCUGCUACUUCUUCAUUGCCCGCACCAUCGCCGGCCACUUCCGAAAGGAGCGCACCGAAGGGCUGAGGAAGCGGAAGCGCCUGCUGACCAUCAUCAUCGUCCUGGUGGCCACCUUCGCCGUGUGCUGGCUGCCCUUCCACUUUGUGAAGACCAUCUACAUGCUGAUGGACUGGGGGGUGAUGCCCUUGUCUUGCGGCUUCCACGCCUUCCUCAGCAACCUCCACCCGUACAGCAGCUGCUUGGCCUACAUCAACAGCUGCCUCAAUCCUUUCCUCUACGCCUUCUUUGACCCCCGCUUCCGGCAGGCCUGCGCCGCCGUCCUCUGCUGCAGCCCAGGGCAUUUGGCAGGAUCUGGCGGGGACAAGUCGGCCAGCUACUCCUCCGGCCACAGCCAGAACCACCUGGGGAAAGGAGGAGAUGCACAGCGGGAGAAGCAGUGCCCUGACAGCCAGGAGACUCUGCUCCGGGGAUAAAAGCUGGACUAUGCCACACACAAAUGUAAAGGACUUUGGAGAUAAGGGGCUCUGUUUUCCUCUUUUCCACCCUCUUCUGUGGGCCUUUCCUUUCUA